UCUAAGGUUGAAGGAUCCUCCUAGGGUCGAAUGUAGACAAGGCCGUGUUCGCGUCUCGUUCGUCCUCCCACAAUCGCGCCGUGCGUUGUCGCGUUAUGCCGCAAGCCGUCACACGCCGAAGCGGCGCGGCGCGUCACGGCUGUUUGGCGGCGACUCAGCUUCCUCGCGUGUCGAUGGCGAGUCGUCUCGUCCCGAUGUGUGCUUCUAGGCGUUAUUGGGAAACAUUCCUCUCGCUCUCGCUAUCCUAUAAGUACGGCUUAGCUCAUAUCUGCAUUCAUCACAACAACCUUCUAGCAACCUAAUACGACGGCAACCUAGCUUUCAGCCCAGCAAGCGACGACCAUUCAAGCAACAACAGGUCCAGCCACCAACCACCGGAUCCCGCUCAGAAAAACAGGCCCAGCGCACCAUCAGCCGAGUUAUUUACUGUUCCCUAAGUUCACCGAUUCGCGUGCACCAUCCGCAAUCCACGCGCUCCGUACUCAAUCCGCGUGCAUCCUCGCAUUCGCAAGGCGAAAAUACGUUUUCGAGACUUCAAACAAUCACCAGGAAUGGCGGCGCGGCUCGGAGGCAGCUUGCUCGUCGCACUAAUAGUAGCCACAUGCAUAGCAGCAGCGUGCGUGCCGGGAAUUGGCGCGCAGAAGGCGCCUGCUCCGCCGACGAAGGCGCAGCUGCGCGCGGAGCUGCAGGCGAUGACUAAGAGCAUCGUGAAGCGGUACCCGCAGUACUCCAGAUACGCGCAGGACGCCUCCAAAUACAUCAACGUCGCCCUGAACUCGAGGUACGACCUAUCAGCGCUGCGAGACGCGUCCAUCCUGAUCCCCAACAACGCGCAGGCAGAGGCGCUCGCGAAGAGGAUCCCCGCUAAGAGCAGCAGCGUCCCCACGGUGUACAACAUCACGGCGUUCCACAUCCUGCGCAAGCGCAUGACCGUCCCGCAGCUGCGCCAGGUGAAGCAGCGGGUGGCGGUGGGCACGCAGCUCCGGCAGCCGGUGUUCAAGAUGACGGCGGCGAAUAGCAGCGCGGUGGCGUUUGCCAAAGGGCCGUAUUUGAAGCAGGCGCAGUGGACCACUAUUCGCAUCCCAGGGCUGUAUGUGGGCCGCUGGUUCAUUGCCCAUGGGGUCGACCGCGUGCUCAUCCCCACUCACACCAAGAUUUGAUGAUACUGUACAGUCGAGGGGGGAAGGGGAGGGGGAGGGGAGGGUGAUCUGAAGCUAGAGUGGAGGAAAGAGGCAAGCAAGCAUUGAUGAGUGAAGUGCCUCAGAGUACAUGAGACAUAGCUUGCAACAACCACUGGCUAUUGUCAUCAAGUGCGUAGCUUGCAGUCCUUGCUUCAGCGGGACGUGAUUGCAGGCCAAUGCAGUGCGCCCUUCCAGUGCUGCAGCAGUGGUAGAUAUUUCAGUUCAGAACGUCUCUCUGCUGAUCAUGCUCGGUGCUGGAAUGCCGCACUGGAUUGCCUGCAUGUAGUAUGGAUUCUUACCAACACUUAGCUGCAGUGCAUUUCCUACAUGUAGUUGUACCCGGCUUUGAACUUGACGCUUAUGUGUUCUGGCAUGUCUUGAAAACACUUGACUUUGCC